CAAGUGUCCAUCACACACACACACACUAUCUUUGAAACAAUGUCUGAUAAUGAUAAUGGUGAAACUGCUAAUGAAAGUCAAUCAACAGGUAAAGAAUCAUCAACUGCAACUGAACCGAAUUCAACAGAAAGUGAAUAUAUUAAAGCAUCGAGAAAAUUUCAAGAAGAAGAAGAUGAACAGAGAAAAAUUUUUGAUACAAAAUUAGCUGAAAAACGUACAAUGUUAAUGCAAUCAGUUAUGGGUGAAGAUGUAUCGAAAAUUAAGGCACGUUGUCAGGCUGAAUCAUUUCGUCAGAAGAAAAAUAUUGAUGAAGAAGUGGAAAAAUUAUCCAAAUCAAUGCGUGAUCAAUUUGUAUUACAAGCCGAACAGAUGCGUACAGAAUUACGUGGUAAAAUUGAAAAAAUGAUUGAAAAUAAAAAACAAAAAUUAGAACAAGAUAAACAACGUUUAUCAUCAAUGUUGGAUAGUGAAUUGGAAGCAAAACGUAAAUUAAUGGAAAAUGAAACUGAACGUUUGAAACAUGUGACAAAUAUUGCACAAUCCGAUAUUGAUCAUCGUGAUAGAGUGAAAAAAAUAAUGGUUGAUUAUAAAAAUUUUCCUGGAACAAAAACAUUGGUAGAUGAAUUUGGAUUGAAACGUUAUCAAGUUGUGAUCAAUAAACAAUCAAUAUGGGCAGGAAAAACCUGCAUCAUUUAUCGUGGCCAAUUUCAGCAACAAUCUUGUUAUGUAAAAAUUGUUGUUCUUAGUGAUCGUAGUGUACGAUAUAAACAACAUAUUCCUGAAUCGACAAAAAUUCGACAAUUUCUAUGUCGAACAAAUGAACAACAACAACAGCUGCAACAUGAAGCAUUUGUACGAGUGUAUGAUGUAUUUAUAACUGAUCAAAAAAUCUAUACAUUUAUGGAUGAUUGUGAUUCACAGAAUCUAAUGUUACGUGCACGUAAAGGUUUUCUUUCAUUGGAUGAAUUACGUAAACAUAUGCGUAAAAUAUUAUCAUGUUUAGAAUAUAUGCAUCAACGUGCAUUUGCACAUCUUAAAAUACGUGGUGAAAGUAUUGUAUUUGAUAAUAAUAACAAUGUAAAAUUGGUUGGUUUUGGCAAUGCAGCCGCUUAUUUUGAUUCGAAUACGGAGAAAUUUUUAAAAUUACCACAAUUAGAAUCAAAACAUCGGCUAUUGGAUAAUCAUUUUCCACCAGAAGUAUUUGUCGAUUCAUUUGAUCCACAAUUGGCUGAUGUAUAUUCAUUCGGUUUAUUGAUCUAUAUGAUGGCCAAUUUUAUAAGUAAUAAAAAAUUUACACGUGAAGAUUGGAAACAAUGGACAAUUAUAAAAUUGGAUUCAAUUACCGAUGAAAAGACUAGAGAAUUGGUUGAAACAACAACAAUGUUGGAUAUAGAAAAACGUUGUAAACUAUUUGAUAUUCGAAAUUUAGCAUAUUUUUCUCUUGCACCAAAAGUAACACUGCAACAGAUUGAAGAUGAAUUUGGCAAUAAAAAUCAAUUAACAUGGAAAUUAAAAAUAACCGAUAAUGGUGGUGGUUAUGCUAUACGUGGCAGACAAUUACAAUUAUAUUGUAAUAUAUCUGCAAAUCCAUUGGUAUUGGCAACGGAUAUUCGUUGGUAUAAAGAUUCAAUGUUAAUCACUGAUGAUGAUCGAAUAAUUGUCAAUAAUAAAACAAACAACAGCGGUGAUGGUAACGAUUUCCGGAUUCAUUAUAUAUUCUACAAAUACCAAAUAGUGACAACAUCAUCAACAUCAUCAUCAUCGAAUAACAGAACACCAGACGGUAAUAAUGGUGGUGCUGGUGGUGGUGGUGGAUACAUAAAAUUUACACAUAACGGUACAAGAUUAUUGAUUACAAAAGUGACCGAUGAAUGGCAAGGAUUCUAUCAAUGUAUUGCACAAAAUUCAUUGGGCACCGGUUUUAGUAAUCAAUUUAAGGUCCAAAUUCUAUAUGUACCCAAUUGCGUGACACCAACGCAAACAAUACCGGCCAAUAUUGGCAGUAUUGUUACAAUGAUCUGUGAAGUGGAUGCUAAUCCAACAAAUGUUACAUUUUUAUGGCGUACAAAACAUCAGGAAAUAUUAUUUCCAUCAUCAUCAACUGGAUCAUCAUCAACAUAUCAACAUAAUAAUAAUCAUCAUAUGGAACAACAAAAAUAUUCAACAGAAACAUCAAUGUUGAUACUUGGUUCGUCAUCAAAUUUAUUUUCAUCAUCAUCAAGUGAACAACAACAACAACAGCAGCAGCAAAAUAAUUAUCGAAAAAUCAUCAGAAAUCGAUUAGAAUUACUUAUCGAAUCCGAUGAUGAUUAUGGCCAAUAUCAAUGUUGGGCAAGAAAUUUGGCCGGUGAUCAAACAGAACCUUGUUUUUAUAAUAUUUAUGAAAAUCCAAUAAAUCAUCAAUUGAUCUGUGAUACAAAAAUAUCAUUUGAAUUGAUACAAGUUGAAUGUCGCCAACCGAAUCAUUUGUUUGUUCGAUCUUCUUCUAUUACAUCAUCGAUGAAUGAAUCAAUGAUUAAUGUCAACAAUAAUAAUCAUCAUCAUCAUGAUGAUGAUCAUGAUCAUGAUUCUAUACGACCGAUCGAUAAAAAUUUCCAAGUUGAUCUAAAUCCAACUUACUAUGGCCAACAACAACAUUAUUAUCAUUCUUCACAUCAUAAUCAUCAUCAUCAUCAAAAUCAGAAUUUAUCGAUCCAUUAUAAUCUUAAAAUUUUCAAAGACAAACGGCAACUGAUCAAUAUUACAUCUAUUGAGCCAAGAUUUUUAGUUCAUGUCGAUGAAUUAGACCAUAAUCAUAAUCAUCAUCAGCAUCAAAAUCAUGAUUCUUCUGGAAGAAAAGAAUUUCAAUCCAUACAAAAUGUCAAUAAUGAUGAUGAAGAUGGUAGUGAACAACAACAAACAACAGUAAAUUAUUUGAUGUAUAUUUCAGCACAGAUGAAUGGCCGUUCGAUUAGUGAUAUAAGUCUUUCAUUUCGAGUUCCACCACCACCAACACGUCGUUCAACAUCUGAAUCAUCAUCAUCACCAUACAAUGAUCAUGAUCAUCGAUUACAGUCGGAAAUGAUAUUCAAACAUGAUUCAUCCAUAAUAAGUAUUAACGAAAAUAAAAUGAAGAAUAAUAAUAAUCAUUCGACAACUGUAUCAAGAUAUAAAAAAAUUUCAACAAAUAUUCAUGAUAAUGAACAUGGUAAUUACGAUAUAGACAAUCAUGAUAACGAUGAUGAUGUUGAUGACAAUGAUAAUGAUAAUGAUGAUGGCAAUGAAUCGAAAAUGGGUCCAACAAAAACGAAUCGUGCUGAACAUCGUACAACAACAACAACAACAUUGUUAAAUAUAUCACAUUUACCAUUCAUAUGGAUUGUCAUUAUUUCUCUUGUAGUAAUCCUUUUACUUAUUUCAUUAUUGGUGGCAACAUUGUUGAUUAAAGUUCAUACUGGACAUCAACAACAAUGUCGACGACAAAAACGUAGCAGUAAAAAAACAACAACAACAACAACAACAACGAGUCUAACAAAACGAUCGAAAACAGUUCGUUUUGAUAAUCUAUCCGAAAGUCUAAGCACAGAAAUGGUAAUAACAUCCGAUAUAAAUGAUCUAAAUGAAUUGAAACAAACAACAAAUGAUAACAGCUGUGCAAAUAAUUUGCUAAUUAACAGCAAAACUCAAAUAUUUAAUGAUGAUCAUAACGAUGAUGAUGAUGAUGACCAUAGAUCAAUUAAAUUGUUUACAUUGACCAAUUUCGAUACAUUUGAUCACCAUUCAUUAUUACCAUCAUCAUCGACUACGGCAACAUCAACAACAACAGCUACUACUUCUUAUUUUGAUACGAUACCUCAACAAUAUCCUGAUUUUAAUCAGAUAAAUUCCAAACAACAACAACAACAACAACAGAAUCUACAUAACAAUAAUAAUAAUAAUAAUAAUAAUAGAGAAAUGUUACCAGAUUUAAUGAUGGAUACAUUACAAGCAUCUGCUCAUAUAGCAAACUGUUUAGAUCAUCAAGGUGAUAUACAAUCGAAUGAUACUGUAUCGAUUUGUGAACAACAACAACAACAACCACGAAAAUUAUGUGAUCUAUUAUUGAAUAAUAAAUAAUCAUCAUCAUCAUUCUGUUCAUCGUUCGAAUACAACGAUCGAACAACAACAACAACAACAACGAUCUGACAAUUUAUUCAUAAUACCAACAACAACGGCAACAAUGAAUAGUGAAAACAAUACAAUUUCUUUGCUUAACAAUUCUAAUCGAUCAACAUUAUCAAUCACUUCGACAAUGGAAACGAAUCGAUUUAUUCCAUCGAUAACAACGACAAUAGCUAAUACUAAUAAUACUAUUGUCAAUGAAUUUUUGCCAAUUCAAUCGCAGCAUCAUCAUUGCCAUCAUCAUCAUCAUCAUCAA